CCCCCACCCACCCGUCUUCUUCUAUAUCCACUGCAACAACACUGAAGAGCCCUCCCCCCCUCUCUCUCCCUCUCUGUCUCUCUCUCUAUACACACACAUAUACAUAUAUAUAAGUGUAAGUGUGUGUGUGUGUAUAUAUAGCUCGUGAUUAACUUGAUGGCAAUCUGGCUGAGAAGAUCAAGAAACAUUGCCGGUUACCUGACGGCAAAGACAGGCUUCUGGAGGGAAGGGGUCAAGCGGGGGCGAUGGCCGUGCCGUUGGUUUCGUUCCUCCAAUAUCUUAUCAUCCGCAGCCUUAAGUGGUGGAGAUUUCGGAAACCCACCUGCAUCUUUGGGCGGUUCCGCAGCCCUUUUAGCCUGCCGGCGUUUGGUUUCCGUCAAAGCCGAUCGGGAAUAUGAUUCGCCGCAGUGUGAUGAUAAUGGGGACCGCCAGAACAAUCAGGCCUCGGACUUUCCCGGUGGAAGAAUUGCAUUCACUUAUGAAAUGCAAUUCAUUUCAGAGUCUCCAAAAGAGAGGAUUCCUUGUUAUCGAGUUAUUGAUGAUAAUGGCAGCCUACUUAUGCAUGGCAGCUUUGUACAGGUGAGCAAGGAAGAUGCAUUGAAGAUGUAUAGCAGCAUGGUUACUCUUCAAACCAUGGACAGCAUCUUCUAUGAAGCUCAAAGGCAAGGCCGGAUUUCAUUCUAUCUCACUUCCAUUGGAGAAGAGGCUAUCAACGUUGCCUCUGCGGCUGCACUCUCCCCAGACGAUGUUGUCUUGCCUCAGUACAGAGAACCCGGGAUUCUGUUGUGGCGCGGCUUCACCCUGCAGGAAUUCGCCAACCAGUGCUUCGGGAAUAAAGCAGAUUAUGGAAAGGGGAGGCAAAUGCCGAUCCAUUAUGGCUCCAAUAAGCACAAUUACUUCACUGUUUCAUCACCCAUUUCGACUCAGAUCCCUCAAGCUGUUGGGGUGGCUUACUCUCUCAAAAUGGACCGACACAAUGCCUGUGUUGUCACUUAUUUUGGGGAUGGUGGCAGCAGUGAGGGAGAUUUCCAUGCCGGUUUGAAUUUUGCAGCAGUCACUGAAGCCCCGGUCAUUUUCCUUUGUCGCAACAAUGGAUGGGCCAUAAGCACCCCUGUAUCUGAGCAGUUUCGAAGCGACGGGAUUGUAGUGAAGGGUCAAGCAUAUGGAAUUCGAAGCAUUCGUGUAGAUGGCAACGAUGCUCUUGCUGUUUACAACGUGGUCCAUGCAGCGCGGGGAAUGGCCAUUUCUGAGCAGAGGCCUAUCCUAAUUGAGGCAGUGACAUAUCGAGUAGGACACCAUUCUACGUCGGAUGACUCCACCAAGUACCGGGCGGUUGAUGAAAUCGAACACUGGAGAACAGCUCGAAAUCCUGUGGCCAGACUUCGGAAAUGGAUGGACAGGAAUGGCUGGUGGAGCGACGAAGACGAAUCCAAGCUUCGUGGCAUUGUGAGAAAAGAGCUAUUGCAUGCAAUUCAAGUGGCGGAGAAGACGGAGAAGCCUCCACUUUCCAACUUGUUCACGGACGUCUAUGAAACCUUGCCGGGAAACCUGCUUGAACAAGAAGGAUUACUCAGAGAAACCAUGAAGAGAUAUCCACAGGAUUAUCCCUCUGAUGUUCAUGAGGCAUAGAAGAAGAUGUAUGGAAGAAAGCUUCAACUUAAUUUCGCAUACGUAUACGUAUAUAUAUAUAUAUGUGUAUAUGUAUAUAAUCAUCAUUGGGAGGGAAAGCCUCCUGUUAUUUCUAAUUUUCUCUUCAUAUAAGUAAAAAAUGUUCAGUUCUUUUGGUUUAAAUUUUGAAUAAU